AUGGAGGCCCUGCAGAGGCAGCAGGCAGCCCGCCUGGCCCAAGGGGUGGGGCCUUUGGCCCCUCCACACUCACUGCCACCACCACUACCUCCCUUGCCUGGCCCCCGGACCCUUCAGGCCCCUGAGGGGGUUUUGGGGGAGGUUGGGACUGAAGAAGAGGAGGAUGCUGAAGAGGAUGAGGAAGGGGAGGAAGCCGGGGCAGAGGAGGAGGCAGCCGAGGAGAGCCGUCCAGGGACACAGGGCCCCAGCUCACCUUCCAGCCAACCCCCUGGACCUCAUCCCCAUGAAUGGACCUUCGAGGAACAGUUCAAGCAGCUGUACGAGCUUGAUGGAGACCCCAAGAGGAAGGAAUUUCUGGAUGACCUGUUUAGCUUCAUGCAGAAGAGGGGGACGCCAGUGAACCGUGUGCCCAUCAUGGCAAAGCAGGUGCUGGACCUGUACGCGCUCUUUCGCCUGGUGACAGCCAAAGGCGGCCUGGUGGAAGUCAUCAACCGCAAGGUGUGGCGGGAGGUCACGCGCGGCCUCAGCCUGCCCACCACCAUCACGUCGGCAGCCUUCACUCUACGCACCCAGUACAUGAAGUAUCUGUACCCGUACGAGUGCGAGACGCGGGCGCUCAGCUCCCCGGGGGAGCUCCAGGCAGCCAUCGACAGCAACCGGCGCGAAGGCCGUCGUCAGGCUUAUACCGCCGCCCCUCUCUACGGCUUAGCUGGGCCUACUCCUCGGGGAACUCCCGGCCAAAUCUCGGGUUCUGGCGCCGCCCCGCCCACGCCCACGCCCACGCCCAGCCCCCGUCCUGCCCAAGGCUCCGCCUGCGGCCUGCCGGCGCAUGCCUGCGCGCAGCUGAGCCCGGGCCCCAUUAAAAAAGAGGAAAGCGGAAUUCCAGCCCCUCGACUGGCACUGCCUGUGGGCUUGGCUUUGGGACCAGCAAGGGAGAAGUUGGCACCAGAGGAGCCCCCAGAGAAGAGGGCUGUGCUGAUGGGGCACAUGGAUCCACCUCAACCUGGAGCUCCCCCCAGUUUCCUGCCCCGUGGCAAGGUUCCCCUGAGGGAAGAGCGGCUGGAUGGGCCUCUCAGUCUGGCAGGCAGUGGUAUCAGCAGUAUCAACAUGGCCCUAGAGAUCAACGGGGUGGUCUACACUGGUGUCCUCUUUGCCCGUCGCCAGCCUGUGCCAGCUUCCCAGGGCCCAACCAACCCUGUACCUCCACUCCCUACAGGGCCCCCUUCCAGCCCCUCACCCUGA